ACGUGCACAGGCUCCCCUACGACGCCGUAUCGUUGCUCAAAAACCAAAAGCCUUCUCAGUCUUCAGGUCCCUUCCCUCAACUCCAACGUCGCCAUUCCCCAAUCCUCCUCCCUUCACAGUCUUCCCGCGAAUCCAAUUCCGCCGCCCGAACCCGAAAUCGAAACCGUUUCGAUCACUUAGCCGGGAAUCUGACCGGAAUCUCUCUCAGAUUCCGAUCCGAGCCAGAGACGGAGCUCCGUCUCAGCAGUGACCCCGGCGUGCGGCGAUCGGAUCGCCGAUCAUGUCGUCGAAGACUCUUCCUUACUCCAACAAAGAUAUCCACUACGACAACGCCAAGUUCCGCCAACGCUCCGUCUUCAAGGUGAUAAAUCAGACCUUACUCACCAGUAACGUAAAGCAUCAUUGUACGAGUUGUAGUACAGGAAAGUUUCUAGUGUUGCUAAUGAUAUUUGGUAUAGCGUGUCUUCUGCUGACACAUACAAGUUCCCCCGGUUCUGUUUCGAACGGUUUAGUGAAUGGUAGUGGGAAUGGUACAUAUGAGCACAAUAUAAGCGGUGGCAUUAGGUUUCCAAAUCUUUUCAGACGAGCACCGAGGCUUCCUCCUCAACUAACGCCUGACCAAAUAGGAGGUGGCGGCAAACUUGGACCAAAUUGGGUAGAUAGGCAAGAAAAUGUGAAGAAAGCUUUUAUUCAUGCAUGGUCCGGGUAUAAAAGGUAUGCAAUGGGUUUUGAUGAGUUGAAGCCCUUAAGCAAGCAGGGAGUUGAUGGGUUAGGAGGUCUUGGUGCAACUGUUGUGGAUGCCCUUGAUACUGCCAUGAUAAUGGGUGUUGAUGAAGUUGUUUCUGAAGCAGGCUUAUGGAUUGAGAAGCACCUUUCGAAUAGGAUUAGUGAGAAAGGCCAAGUUAAUUUAUUUGAAACAACAAUACGUGUUUUGGGUGGUCUGUUAAGUGCAUAUCAUCUCAGUUCUGUGAACCAAGGGACAAACUCAACACAUACAGGACCUGAGCCGGCUGUUUAUCUAGAAACUGCUAAGAACUUGGCCGAUCGUCUGCUAUCUGGUUUUACUUCAAGUCCAACUGCUAUUCCCUAUGGUGAUGUUGUUCUUCGUGAUCCUUCAGCACAUCCAGCUCCGGAUGGUCUUAGCAGUACUUCAGAAGUUUCUACCUUACAGCUUGAGUUCAACUAUCUCAGUUCCGUUUCUGGUGAUCCAAAAUACACUGUGGCAGCUAUGAAGGUCUUAGAACACAUGAAGACUCUACCAAAGGUGGAAGGGCUGGUUCCUAUAUUUAUAAACCCCAACACUGGUGAAUUUAGUGGAGAAAAUAUAAGACUGGGAUCUCGUGGCGACAGCUACUAUGAAUACCUACUGAAAGUUUGGCUUCAGAAGGGACCAAAUCGAGAAAGUAAUUUGACAUAUCUCUAUGAUAUGUAUGAGGAAGCAAUGAAAGGUGUUAGGCAUCGUCUUGUUAGGAAAUCAAUACCAAAUGGAUUGGUUUUUGUAGGGGAAUUGCCUUAUGGAUCUGAUGGUGAUUUUAGUCCAAAAAUGGAUCAUCUGGUAUGUUUCUUGGCUGGUACUCUUGCACUUGGUGCCACCAAAGGCAUUACCAAGGAAAAAGCAAUGAGAGAUAAUUUGCUAAAUUUUGAAGAUCUUGAAAAUUUGAAACUUGCAGAAGAUCUGGCUAAAACAUGCUUUGAGAUGUAUUCAGUAACCUCUACUGGUCUUGCUCCAGAAAUUGCUUACUUUCAUACAGAGGAAUUUUCUGAUGGAGGUCUUGAUGGCGGUAACAAGAGUUCAAAAUAUUUGAAUGACAUAAUCAUCAAACGUGCGGAUCGACAUAAUCUCUUGCGUCCUGAAACUGUUGAAUCAUUGUUUGUCUUGUACCGUAUUACAGAAGAUCCAAAAUAUCGUGAAUGGGGUUGGCAGAUUUUUGAAGCAUUUGAGAAAUAUACAAGGAUUGAUACUGGUGGAUACAGUUCUUUGGAUGAUGUAACUAAAAUUCCUCCUCAUACAAGAGACAAGAUGGAGACGUUUUUUUUGGGAGAGACUCUAAAGUAUCUGUACUUGCUGUUUGGAGAUACUUCUCUUGUUCCUUUGGAUAAAUAUGUUUUUAACACUGAAGCUCAUCCUAUUCCAAUUGAAGGAACUACCAAGAGGGUGUAACACUUUGCAGUAUACAGUAUCAUUUAAGAAGAAAUCAUGUAUGGACAGAUCAUAUGAUAGCAGGUGUAAACAGUAAACUCUAGUUGAGGUUUUAGAGGCGGCUUUAGUUGUUUCUCUUCUCGCGUCAUUCACUGGUGAUUCAAUAUGCGUUCUUCUGCAUUACCGUCAAAAGCCUAAAGAAGGAGAAUCUUCCUGGACGUCGCUACACUUGUGGAGCAAAAUAUAAUGACAAUUUCUUGCUAUUUUACGAAUUUUGAUUAUUAGAUGAAGGGUGUUUUACCCAUUGAAAGUUAAAGUGCCAUAUUUUGUAAGCGACUUCUUUUCUCCAGUAGUAUUACUGGCUUUUGAGAACCCCAAUGUUGGUUGGUCGCAUCAAAACUUAUGUUAAUUCUUAUUAAAUGUUGCCUAAGAGUUACAAGUUA